AUGGAGGCGAGGGAAGGCCGGCGAGGAGCUGUCGGAGCUUGCGGAGGGGGGCAAUGGUGGUGGAGGGUGCGGGGAGCGGGAAAGGGCGCGCGGAAAUGUCCCUCUCGCCAAAUCUCGCGCCGGAUAGGGGUCGAGCUCGGGUUAGCCUCCCAGCCCGCUUGGACCGUGUACCAGUAUCGAGGUGUGUGCCUGUACCCGCAGAACCCCGCGCUGGGGCUCGGGGUCUGCGCGGCCAUCUUCCUCAUCAUAGGCCAGAUCAUCUUCGCGGUCGUCGGCGGCUGCUGCGGCUGCUGCAAGUCCCGCGCCAUCCCCUCCGAGACCAACCGGGUCAUUGGCAUCGUCUGCGCCGUCUUCUCAUGGAUCGCGGCGGUGGUCGCCUUCGGGCUGCUGGUGGAAGGCGCCAAGUGGAACGACACUGGGACGCGGUACUCGUCAGGGUACGGUGGGUGCUACGUCCUCAAGGACGGCAUCUUCGCCGGCGGCGCCGUGCUCACGCUCGUCGCCACUGCCCUCGGCCUCACCUCCUACAUCAUGCUCAGCACGCAGCCAGCCACUCCCGCUACUGCCAACGCCGCCGCCGCGCCCCCAAAGGAAGGCGAGCAGAUGCCGGCCGCCGCCGAGAUCCCGACGGCACAGCCACAGUUCCCGCAGCAGGCUUCUCCCCAGGGGCAGGGGUACGGCCAAGCGCCGAACGCGAAGCUCCCCCAUGUUCCUGUUCCUGUGGCUUCUCCGGCACAAGGCUAUGGAACGCCGAACGCGCAGUUGCCCCCUCUUCCUGCACAAGGCUACCGUGCGCACGCGCCGGACACGCAGAUGCCCGCCGCUUCUCCUCCUCCGGCUCAGGGCCAUGGACCGCACAAGCCGAACGAGCAGGCCCUGCCUGAGCUGCCUCCCAAAGGACAUGAAAUGCUCGCGCGCCCCGUCUGA